UUUGUUUACCUCUGCGAGGGUUUAAAAUCUGAAAUUUAGCUCGUGGUUGCAUCAGAUCGUGUUUCUACAGUAAACGAUCGAAAAUGUCCCUGUUUCCUAAAUGGCGUAUGAUUUUGCCAGCUGUGCAUCGCAUUAGGCAUGCUCCAGAAAUUUGGCCUAGUUACGAUAGAUCGUUGUGGGAGUCAUUCCAUUCUCCUUUGUACAGAAAACCUGUACUCGGCACAAGUUACACAUACAUUGAAUUCACUGAAAGUGGAGAGGGUGCAGCGAAAAAAGAAACCAAAGAUGUAGGAGAUGGUGGAAAGGAAUCUGCAAAAUCAGCUGAGAAAUUUGUGGAUGAUCGUGAAAGUUUCAAAGUGUCCUUUGAUGUUUCCAAGUUCAAGCCAGAAGAAAUUACCAUUCGCUCAGAAGAUGGAGAGUUGUUGGUGGAAGGCAAGCAGGAUGUGAAGAACGAAGAGGGUUAUUCGACACGCCAUUUUGUGCGCUCAUACUCCCUUCCCAGGAAUAUCGACCGCGAUUCAUUUCAGUCACGCCUUUCCAAAGAGGGAAUCUUAAGCAUCGAGGCAAAAAAGCUACAAAAGCCAGAGGCCAAGGACAAUUUUAUCAAGAUCGAGACAGAGGAUUAAUAAUGGUGAAGAAGAAAGCAUGCUUCGUUUCGUAGGACAAACAAAAUUAGCAGGAGGUUUAAUCAAGGAUGCCCUUAUACUUCGUUAGCUUUCAAAAAUAGGUGUAAACUGUGUUCGCUUUUCAUUUUUAUCCAGCCUUACCUCAGAGACGCAAACUUCUUCUUCGGAUUUUUGAUCAUCAAAUGUUUGGAUGGUUUUGAAUAAACUGGCAAAGAAUCAUUUAGGCGAAA